AUGGGACAACUCGAAGUUUACGUUGUUGAAGGAAAAAACAUCAGAGACACCGAUAUUGCUGCCGAUCCAUAUGUGGAACUCUGGUUUGAACAAAAUAAGAAAAAGAGAACUGAAGCUAGAAACAAUACUCUGACGCCAGUUUGGGAUACUCGAUUCAGAUUCCCUGUCAACCCUAGCUCGGACAAAAUACUCCAUUUACGCCUCUCGGAUGACGACGUAGGUACAGAUGAAGUAAUCGGCCAAGUUGACUUGGAUAUCAGUAAUAUCUAUAAAGAUCUUUAUGAAGAAAAAUGGAUUCACCUGCCCGCAAAAAAUGAGACGAGCGAUGGGGAAAUUCGUUUGGUGCUCGAGUAUUUCCCCUAG